AAACCCAAAUCACAAGUUUGCCUUUUUCGUGCAUCUAAAUAGAAGAAGAAGAAAAGUCGGAGUUGAUUCUAGACCCCCAGAGACAACACAACUACCUUGACACGAUCAAAGAAUAAUCCUUGCCGUGUCCGAGUGAAAAAAGUUGAAACUUUUCCCUUCAAAAUCGUCUCAUCUCCUUCGAUUCCUCAGCCAUUAACAACUCUCCUCUUAGUUCCCUCUUCCCCUGGUUCUCUGGUCUGAACAAAGGGGAUUUGACUGGUCAGAGAUCAUUAUAAGAUGGCGAACGAUGCGGCUGCAUGUGCGGAGAGAGCUACAAAUGAUAUGUUGAUUGGUCCUGACUGGGCUAUUAACAUUGAACUAUGUGAUAUUAUCAACAUGAACCCUAGUCAAGCAAAAGAAGCAGUGAAGGUGCUCAAGAAGCGGUUAGGAAGUAAAAACUCCAAAGUCCAGAUUCUUGCUCUUUAUGCGUUGGAGACUUUAAGUAAGAACUGUGGGGAGAACGUGUGUAAGCUUAUCAUAGACCGUAAUGUUCUGACUGAUAUGGUCAAAGUAGUGAAGAAAAAGCCGGAGCUGAAUGUGAGGGAGAAGAUACUAAGUUUGCUAGAUACAUGGCAAGAAGCUUUUGGUGGAUCUAAUGGUCAAUACCCACAAUACUACAAUGCCUAUAAUGAACUCAGGGCUACUGGAAUUGAGUUUCCACCAAGAACGGAAAGUAGUAUGUCCUUCUUUACUCCGCCUCAGACUACUCAGCCCAUUCCAUUAGAUGAAGACGCCGCUAUUGAGGCCUCACUGCAAGGAGAUGAUGCUGCUAGCUUCAGUAUGGAAGAGAUUCAAAGUGCUGAGGGAUCAGUAGAUCUUUUAAUGGACAUACUUGGAGCACUUGAUUCCGCGGAGGGUUUGAAAGAAGAGCUUGUAGUUGAUUUAGUUGAGCAAUGUCGUACUUAUCAAAGACGUGUGAUGACUCUUGUCAACACCACAACAGAUGAGGAGCUUCUAUGCCAGGGAUUAGCAUUGAACGAUAACUUGCAGCGUGUUCUUCAGCGUCACGACGAUAUCGCCUCUGUUCCUUCAGAUGGAAGCGGCGCAACAACUCCUCCUCCUCCUCCUUUUCCUCCAGCUCAGCUUGUCAGCAUCAAUCAUGAUGAUGAUGAAGACGAUGAAUCAGAUGAUGACUUUGCUCAGCUAUCUCACAGGUCUAAAAGAGAUUCCAGUCCUAUUCUUCCUCCUCCUCCACCACCUCCAUUGAGACCAGUACAUGGUACUACUGAGUCAGGUUUGGUGGAUUUUCUUAGCGGUGAUGUCUUUAAACCUCAAAGCUCCUCUCAAGGAGUAAAGCAGCCUCUUCCUGCUCCUCCUACUGCUGCUGCUUCUUCUUCUCCUGCUCCAUGGGAUACUGAGGUUAUCAGGAACCUACCGCCGCCGCCUUCAAGGCACAACCAGAGGCAGCAGUUCUUUGAGCAUCAUCACUCGAGUAGCGGCUCUGAUUCCUCCUACGAUGGUGGUCUUGUUGGGCAGACCAGGAACCUCUCUUUGAAUAGUGAAACCAAGAAAGCAGAGGAUAUGCUUUUCAAAGACUUGGUUGAGUUUGCUAAAACUAGGUCGUCCAAGCCCAAACAUUAGGUCGUUUUUGAGUCUUUUGCGUGUGUAACAAUCAUUGCUUUAACAGUUACAGUCAUAUGAUAUUUGAGUGUGCCUUAUUGUUAAAUACAUUUGUGUUACAACCA